GAGCCCAUUUAAGCUGGGUGCUGCCACCAGAGCCCUUCCCUCCUAGUGUGGUCUCCUGGAUGGACCUUGGGGUGCACCCUCCUCUUCAUCCUUGUUUUCUGGGAGAACCUACGUUCUUGGUCUCUUGUCUUGUGGAUGGGCUCAGGCAAUCAAAUCACAGAAGGUGUUUCAGAUUCUUGUGGAGGCGAAGCAGGGGGGGAAGAAAACACCAAAUCUCUCUUCCAUAGAGAACAGUUUCUGAAGCACGGAGCUCCCUGGGGCCAGGCCUCCUGCCAGUGGGGACAGCAGGUGGGAGUUUUCUAAGCCAGACAAAGGAGACCUGAGAAGGAACUGUGGUGAAGGGACAAGCCCAAGGCAAAGGACUGUCCGGCCACCUCCUCUCCUGGAGCAGGCAGCUGAGAUCUGCAUAGCCAGGAGACAUUUUGCAAGACUCAACACCUGGAGCAGUGCUAACCAGGUGGGCAGCCCCGAUGUCGGCCAAGCUCUACGUCCUCAUCAGCUGGCCCGACGGCAGCCGUGUCAUCAACAUCGAGAACAUCAAGGAGCCCCGCAAGCCCUUCCACCUCUACGUGGUGGGCGAGCAGGUGCUGGCCCGCUGCCCCGGCUUCAGCGGGCUCUACUGGGGCAUGGUGGAGGGCAUCAGUGAGCAUAAAGAUGUUCUGGAGAAGAAGCUGCAGGAAGACAGACAGCUCCUGGAGACGUUAAAAGAUGAACCGGCCAACCACAGCAUGAUGCCACCUCAGGCAAAAAAAUCCAGGAAAACCUUCCCGAAAUGGACCCCAGGGAAUGCCCCCAGGAAGUACGGUGACCGGAGUUACCCCGGCAAGUCGCUGCUGCGGGCAGCCGGGGCCGGCCUGCCCGGUGAUGUUGGUAGCUCCUCCAUCAUCAAGGAGAGACGUGCCCUGGGGCCACCCCACCCAGCCAGCGCCUUCACCCCCCCGGCCCCUUUCGUCACCCUGGCCAUGCCGGGGAUAUCCCAGGGUGAAGAGGACAGGGCUGGCACCGCUACCAGAGAUUACGUUGCCCUGGCAAUGAAGAGGAAGUCAGAUGGCAUCUUGUCCCAAUGCCAGCAACACGUCUGUCUAAACAGCUGUGAAGAACGAAAGCUGGAUGCUUUGCAAGAGACGGAUGACUUUGAGAGAGUUCAGAAGAAAAUCUGUCCUGGUGAAAUGGAAAGGGAGAAGGUAGAGCAGCUGGAGAGGAUGGUCUUGGACCUGCAGCAGGACGUCCUCUCUCUGAAGAAGAAAGUGCAGCGGCUGGAAUCCCUGUCCUUCCAGGAGGAGCCCCACCGGCCACCCUGCGAGGUGGUGGAGCUCUUCAACGGCUACACCAAGGAGCAGCUCAGAGAGGCCAUCCGUUUUGACCAGAAAAUCAGCACAGCCUGCAAGACUCUGCUCUACAAGCUCUUCACCUCCGACUACAUCCAGAGCCACUCCAUCACGGGGCGGAGGGGCAACACUUUCCGGGAGGCGAAACCCAUGAUGGACGAACGCUGCAUCAAAAUCAUCCGGGUGCUGUUGAAACAGAAGUUUGGCGAUCACCUCAGCGACACGGUGAUCACGGAGAAGAUACAGAACGUGCAGAAAGCCCUGAGGCAGAAGUUUAAGACAGAAUGUCUCUGACAUGGGGGGAUUGGUGUCUCUGAUCAUGGUGCACCCGAGGAGCCCUCCCAGGGAAGAAGUGGCUGCAGGGCUGCCCUGAUUCCCCUGGAGGAACCCACCCAGCAGAUCUGGGCUCUCAGCACAGCACAGCCCUUUCUCAAACGUCUGUCUGCAUUAAUCCAGAGGGGAGUUUGCCCAGCUUGGCUAGAGUUCUGCAUAUCUGCUAGCACUUUACAGGCCCCUUCCCCCCUGCGGUCUGCAUGCAAGCCUCAGAGUGCUGUCUGCACGAUGAUCUCCAGGACUUUUGGGUGGACACACUCAAAAGCUUGAGGGUAACAGAAGGGCAGACUCAUUAAAGCAAUGCCAUAAAACCUGCAGAGAAGGAUUAUUUCUCUCCCCGCCUCCCCGUUUUAAUGUGGUUGUAUGGAAGAAGUGUUGAAGCGUUUGCACUAAUGAAAUCUGCUGAACAAGAGAAGAAGUCUCCCAUGGAAAUUACAUGACAUGAAUUUUCCUUUCAACACUAGAUUAUUUCCAUGGAGAAAUCCUGCACAUUUUCAGGUGGGGAGGAGGGGGAGAACAGAAUUUGUCCCAGUGCAGCUACACCUUUCCACCUUUCCUUCAAAGAGCAGACACAUUAUGAAUGCAGACAUUAUAAUUUAAAUACAGUAUUUAUAUCCUAGUUAAGAAAUUCCAGGUACAAUCAGGGUGUUGUGUUUUUUUUCUGUAUGAGAGGCUAAGGAGAAGGACUAGAAAAACAUGUUUGUUUGUCAUUUCUUUUUUUUUUUUUCCUUUCUAAAUAGCUUAGAGCUGGAGUUUGGGUCCAUUAAAAGUAUUUUUAACAUUGAAAGAGUAACAUGCUGGCAGCUGUCCACCUAACAUAAGUGCCACAAAAUACCAAACAUUCCCUUUUAAAAGAGGCUUCGCAGAUAAGAUUUUUUUAAGUUUAAUUUUGAAAUUAUUCAGGAAAGGAAAUGUCACUGGUUUUGAGUUAAUCAAAACAUUUGGAUUAAUUCAUAUGUUUUGCUCUGUUUUCGAGUAAUUAAUUUAUUUACAAUUACAGUAGAAAUAAUAGUGAAAAAUGGAUGUACUGCAAAACACAGAGCUACUUUGGAAAAGCAAAAAGAAAUGUGUGAUUUUCAGAGUUUUCCUCCCUGCCCCCUUUUUUUCUAAUGGAAAAACAAAACCAUUAAGUAGGGUUAACACCAUGCAGCAUGUUGAUUUUGGUGGCAGAUAUGCUUGCCAAUGUUUUUGGCGCUGUUUUCAUCAGAUGUGUUCAAUACUCAUGCCAGGCUGCUGGAGCCAGUAAAUGAAGAUAUUCCUUCUGUUUUCCCAGUGCAAACGCCCCUCCUAACUCUCUACCGUGCAGAAGUAUCAGUGCUGGUUUUGUUUGUUAUCAGGGAAGCACCCAGGGGUUGCUUUGGAUGGUGACUUGUCACAGGGAAGGCUGUGGAGGCACAGGUGGCUUAAUUCUGCUCUGCUGGCUUUGGUGUCAGCCCCUGGGGCUUUGCAGACCUUCCCUGCGGGGGCUUUGCAGCCCUUCCCUGCAGGGUCCGUUUCCAGUUUCCCCAGCUGUACCCUGGCAGUGGGGCAUGAUGGUGGGGAUACUGCCUUGGACCACCUCUUCCUCCUCCAAGCCACUUCCCUGGGCACUUGUUUUGCCUUCAUCCAACUUCCUGGCUCUUCAUCAGAUCCAUCACCAAGCUGCAGCCUCACAAAUGUCAUUUAGUGAAACAUGCUGCUGCCUUCCUCCCCCAGCGAGCCCCCUCUGAUGAGCUGCAGAUCAUUACUGCAUGAGGAGAGAGAAGCAGACUGCAGGGAUGGGCUUAGUGCGGCUACCGAAGGCUCCUGAAACAAGUCUUUAAUCAGCCCCUCUCGAAGCAGCCGAGCCAGGUGACCUUUCUGCUUGAAAGUUCCUUUGGUGGCUCCCUGGGAGGUGAACUUCACAGCCCGAUGCCCUCACUGAUGUUCAGCCAGAGCUCCCCAAAGACAGGGCUGGCAGCACGGGCUGGUGACUGCUCCCUGACUCCAUGCAGCAGCCUCUGCACGAAGGAGCUGAUGCUCAAAUGGACCCUUCCAGGCAAUAAACCUUGUCCUUAGCCACUUUCAAAGGCUUUGAUAUGGCAGAGUGCGCUGAAGAAAGGCUACGCAGGUGGCUUUUUGUUAAACUUCAUUUUUAAGAUAUUUGUGAAGUGGUGGCAGCAUUUGCAGGCUAAUUGGGAGCACUUGCAGACACCGAUGAUCAAGCAGUGCCACGAGGAAGCCGAUGCUCACAACUCUCUGAACUCCAGCUCCUGCUAAUCGGCCUCGAGAGAGAAGAUCAGAGCACAGGGAUGUGACAUCCCUUCAGGGAUGAAGGGGUCAGGGAAGAUGGAGGAGGAGGAGGAGGAGGGCUUAUGCCAGAGCCACUUCACCUGGGGAUGUUCAAAGCCUGACUCUCUGAAUGACGAAGGGCAGCCUGACUGAAUUGUGUUAACCUCUCACUUGUAAAAGGAUCGCUGGCAGAAGCUGGACAGGUCUUUCUGUUGAGAUGAAUCAUGUGGGUGAAACCAUAGCAUCCCGUUAAAAGCAAGGCUCCCCUCCUGUUCUGGGCACUAUGGGGGCAGCAGGGCAUGAGCAGGGAAAGCUGGGCUCAAAACACAGGCUGGGCUUCAAGGGAAUUUUGCAGUUGGUGCAGAAGCAAAAAGGAAUGGGAUUUGUCCACCUCUGCAAAAUACACGGCAGGCUUGAACUGUCCAGGUCUUGCUCCUGUCAGCAGGACACAGAGGUCCUGCUCCUCCACUGCUUGUUCCCAGAGCAAGCCGGGAUGGGCAUUGGCAAGGCAAGAGCAGCCAGGAGAGAUGCUGCUGAUGGGAGCUCACAAGGGAAAAAAGACAGCCAAAACAAGAGGGAAAUUCUCUGGAGCACAACCCUAUUUAUUUCAAUUUUAUCUCCUUGACUCUGCCCGGGGGAUUCCAGCGUACGGCACAGGCAGAUUUUAAUUUGCCCGUUUCUGGGCUCAUAAGAAACACACACCGCUAAAUCUCUCAAUAUCUGCACUGUGUGAAUCCCCCAGAAAAUGUAACGCAGUUUAUAGGAAUCAUGCAAACUGUGAGUAUCGGUUAAAGGAAUGAUAAAGCAUAACUAAAUCCUUUCUUGGUUUUUAAUCAAGUGUUACAGAAGCUGGCUGCAUUUCCAGGAGGCCCAGGCAGCUUGCUCAAUGCACUUGGAAAAAUCUUCUGAUGCAGAAUUAGAGGUGGAAGCGUUUUGUGCUCAUGGCUUCAUCUGCUUCGAGAUGCUCCAUCACCCAGCCUGAGGAACUGGGACAUGUCUUGGGGAGAGCUCAGCUGCAGGACCAGUGGAAUACAAAAUGCCAAGCCUUGGUCUUGAAGCUCUCACGUCCUAGUGGCAUUCAGCACACAAAUAGUGUCACAGGAUUUUAUUUAUUUUUGUUGUUCUGGUCUGUCUUUAUCUUAUAUGGCUUUUAAAACAAGUGAAAGACAGAAAAAGCACAUAGAGCUGUGCCCCCCCAGCUAUACAUGUAUAUGACAUUAGCACUUUUGAGAUAUUUUUCAAAUCUGAAAGUCACUUUUCAUCAUUUUACAUUUUUCUUGAAAGCAUAACUGCAUAUUUUGGAGAGUGUAGCCACAACCUGGUAGGUGUGCAAAUACAUCAGAUUUUAUAACUUUCAUCUCUCUGCUUCAGUCAUAUACUCAUUACACAUGAUUUUUACCAGUAUUUCUCUGUCUGCAGUGCAUGAUUACAUUAUUCAGCCUCUAUCUCCUCCAUCUAUUCAGAGUCAAAUGGAGCUGGGGAGAUCAUUAUUAAAACACAGAAAGCACAGAAAUAAAAUUAACCAUAGCACCAGUUCUCUGUGUGCUGAAUACACCGAGGAAAUAAAAAGGUCUUCCACUUCUAAUAAAAUCUGGAUAUGAAUUACUUCAUAAGAGCUUAAAUGAAUUACAUUCUGAGGCCAAAAAGAGCUCGGUGCCCUCCGACUGUGGGAUGACAGUUCUCGUUGCCUUGGCGUGCAGCACAUGGAAAGAUGUCAUAAAAUCUUCAGAGCCAGGUGCCACCUUCUGCUCAGACAGCGAGCUUCAGGAGUGCAGACGUCACUUCGGUCCUUGCCCAAGUGCCUGGAUGGAGGAGGAAGGACCAUGCAGGGGAGCGGUGGCAUCACAACCCUGUGCUUACCCCACUCCCGUCCUCCCAGGAAGGAUUUGAGGCAUGGAAGUGGCUUCUCAGCUUCUUCCCCUCGGUGGAGGAAUAAGAGGGCUGGUGGGACUGUGCUCCUGUUCGUCUUCUUUAUAAGGCCCCAGCAACCCCUGGUCAAUGACUUGCACCUCCCAUCCCAGCGCAUCCCACUCCUCCAGCACCCUCUCGCUGCAUCAUGCAGCUUGGAGGCACGCUCUCCUUUAAUGGUAUGUUGUACUGGGUGUUGGUUUUUUUUGUUGUUGUUGUUGUUUGUUUGGCAAAUGGACUUAGCUGGAGGCAUGGGGACUGUGUGCCUAGCUCAGAAAGGGCGAAAUUAGCACCCCACAAAGCCAACGGCCGCAUGGGGUUUAUUGACUGCUCCUCGUAAAUACAAGCGGCAUAGCCCAGAGUGUCAGGUGUGUGAGGGAAGAGGAGGCCACGGAUGCAAUGCCCUCCUGCUAACGAAUAAUCGUUAAACUCUUAUGAUCCAAAGGAGAUAGGAGUUUAUUAUUAUUACCAUUAAUUCUAGUAGUACCAUGCCCAGAGAUGCAGAAGGUGGAGAUGGAUGAGUUCGUGACCUACAUAUUACAGGCUAGAAUUUAUCCCGGUAAUAUGAGAAAAUCAAUCAUUUCUUAAGUGAGAAGACUGAUAAAAUCACUGACUUCAGUGGAGCAACAUCAUCGCUAUUAUAUUUUCAAUAUGUUCACUGGAAAGGUGCUGGGGAAGGGUCAAGCCCCUCUCUGUAUGUCUUAAGUGUACGAGUUUGCCCUGUUUCUAGGAGACAGGAGUGAUGCUUUCAUCACAGUCCUGCAUCCGUGCCUUCGUUUGCAGGCAGGAUUUCCCAGCAAAACCAGCUGCAAAAGGUCUUUGCACAGCAUGUUUACUAAGUCUUGAGCUGAACCGAGAAGUCGUCGGGUUUGCAUUUUCUGGAAGCCCUGCCUUUCUGUUCAGCCUGUCCCUGCGUUCCUUGCCUCAGACUGGCAUCACUGUAUUCACAACACUUCCAAUGGGACCAUCAGGGUGAAAAAUGAAAUCAGCCAGUUUAAUGAGUUGUUUUGGUAGAGGAAUUUUACAGCUUAUUGUAAUCUUGCCAUUAACUCAGCUAAUUCCUAUUCGUAUAAUAUACACCGCUGGUUUAGUUUAUACUCCAAGGAGUGCGCUAGGAGCUUGUGUUUUCAGGAGGGAAAACCAUCCCCAAGAGACCCUGCAGCACCAGGGACAGACCUGCUUUCUGGUGCAUGAUUUGAAAGCUGAAUGUCUGUCCUGUGCUUUUUUUUUUACCCUGUGUCGUGUACAGGCCAUAACUCACCCUUUUGUGCUUGCUGGAUUCAGAGGGCUGCAUUUACAAGGUCACUUGGGAGCCAGAAAUACAGACCUGAGCAAGGGGGACAUUUCCAAAACACAGAUCCAGGGCAGGUGCCUAGCAGCACCUGCAAAGCUCGCUCAGCACCUGGCUUUACUGUUUUGCUCCCAAAUGCUCAUGAAUACCCCUUGGAUUUGGCAAAGUCCAUAUUGCUAAUAGAAGAAAAUGGUAAUUUGCAGACUGUUGGUUGCCCAUUUUUAUCCUGAAUCUGCAGCAGGUUGAGGUCUGGUCCCAUGCUCAUUAAGCGAGCACGGAGGGUAAGGAGGAGUGGAGAAGAAACAAUCAAAGUGAGCUACCUUGUUUGCAGACAGUGCUGGGGCAAAGGUUUAUUUCUGACUGCAGAGGGAGGCUGGUGCUCAGAAGGGCUCAGCAGUAACAUGAAAUAGGCGCUGAGCUCAGCAGCUACCUGUGAAUUUUGGUUGCAGCUCCUGAAGUGUGCUUGCAGGCCCUGUGCAAAGGCAGGUGAUGCCAAUGUUAGCAACGUUAAACAUCUUCACUUUAACUGAAUUUGAUGCCUGGGCCGAGGGAGCAAUUCCAAGCUGUAUCUACCCGCUGUUCUCUUUAGAAAUAACCCACUAACCCUGCCUGCCCUUGCGAGACUGUACCGUAAAUCUGCAGUAAUCUGUGGUGACAAAUGGCCUGAAAAGUGGGGAAGUGGGGAACCCAUGCUCUUCUGUGAGAAGAAAGAUAAGUUAAUUCUUGAUUAGGGAAGACAGCAAAUGGAGGAAUUUCCAGUGGCAUGGACAUUAUCCUGCCGUUUCUUAUUAAAAUUAAAUGCCUAACAGUUCCAGUUACCAUAAAUUAACUACAGAAUAUGUUUUAUUGUGUUUUGUGGUCUCUAGGGCUUACAUGCCAGAAACUUGUAAAGAGAAUAAAUACGUAGAAGGGAAGCCUCCAUUUAGGCUCAUUUUGAAUUUGUAAUGCCUGGUUAUUAAGGGUAUCACAUAGCAAAAAGUCACACGUGAUACCCAUAUGGUGCAGCUCCAGCUUCAGAGAGCUCCGUCUUUAUGAAUAACAACAUGGACAAGUGAAUGGGUCCCCAGAUGACAGACUGAGACAUAACUGAGCACAGAAAUUGGUUUUUCCUUUCUGGGACUGAAAACAGGGGUGAUGUUUUUGGAAAGCCACUGAAAUACUAUCUCUUCCCAUCACCUUCACAGGAUGCCAGUGCAAGGUCUGAUUUUCAUUGCUGAAGUCAGGGUGAGUUUUAUUCAAUA